AUGUCGGUUACAAAGGCCGGCAGCAAAACCUUCUACACCACCACCAACCCCUUCGAGCAAUCAUUCGGCUACCACCGCGCCCUCCGCCACGGCCCGCACAUCCACGUCUCCGGCACCACCGCCCUCAACCCCACGACCCAAUGCCUGCAACACCCCAACGACCCCUACCUGCAAGCCCACGCCGCCUUCGCCGAAGCUCUUGAGGCUGUGCGUGCGCUCGGCGGGCAGGUGCACGACGUGGUGCGCGUGCGCAUGUUUGUGAAACGCGUCGAGGACUGUGACGGUGUUGGGCGGGCUUUUGGGGAGGUUUUUGGUGGGGCCGCGGGGCAGGGAGGGGUGCGUGGGGGCGGAGGAGAGGAGGGUGGAAGGGAAGGGUCAGGCGAGGUGGUGGGCUGCGCGGCGACCAUGGUGGUGUUGGGGGCGGAGGGGGGCGGUGGGUUCGUGGAUGAGGGCAUGUUAGUUGAGGUGGAGGUGGAUGCGUAUGUGCUGUGA